AUGAAGGCCAUUGUAUAUCAUGAUAGAGGAGAUAUUCGAUACGAUCCUGAUUUCCCUGAUCCAAAAAUCAUUCGACUGGAUGAUGUCAAAAUCAAAGUUCAUUAUUGUGGGAUCUGUGGUACUGAUUUAAAAGAAUACACUGAUGGACCAAUUUUUUUCCCACCAAAAGGUAAAUUGAAUGAAAUUUCACAAAUGGAAUCAAUUCAAGUAAUGGGUCAUGAAAUUAGUGGUGAAAUAAUUGCUAUUGGUGAUGAUGUAACUAAUGUUAAAGUAGGUGAUAAAGUAGUUGUUGAAGUUACAGGUACUUGUUUAGACAGACAUCGUUACCUCGAUUCUCAACAUGAAGAUGUUUCCAAACCCAAUUGUCCGAGUUGUACUUCUGGGAAUUAUAAUGCUUGUGAUCAUCUUUCAUUAAUUGGUUGCGGAUUCGCUAAUGGUGGAUGUGCUGAGUAUUUAGUUGUUGCCAGUCUGAAAGUUAUUGCAUUUGAUAAUGACAAAAUCCCUAUGGAUAUAGCGGCAUUAAUUCAACCAAUAGCUGUUAGUUGGCAUGCUGUUAAAGUGUCAAAUUUUAAACCUGGCUCCAAUGCAUUGAUUUUAGGUGGUGGCCCCAUUGGAUUAACGACAAUUUUUGCAUUGAAAGGUAAUCAAGUUUCACAAAUUGUUCUAAGUGAACCAGCAUUAGCAAGACGUGAAUUGGCUGAAAAAUUAGGGGUUAUUACUUUUGAUCCUACAGGUAAAUCAAUUGAACAAUGUGUAGCAGAAUUGAAAAAAUUAUCACCGGGUGGAUAUGGAUAUGAAUAUUCUUAUGAUUGUUCUGGGGUUAAAGUAACGUUUGAAACUGGCUUGAAAACUUUGAAGAUUCGUGGAUGUGCUACAAAUGUUGCCAUUUGGGCUCAUAAAUCAAUUCCAUUAUACCCUAUGGAAAUUACUCUUUCAGAAAAAAUGUUAACAGGAUCAAUUUGUUUCGUUAAAAAAGAUUUUCAAGAAUCAAUUCAAGCAAUUGAAAAUGGUUUAAUAUCUAUUGAUGAAUUGCAAAUGUUGAUUACUCUGAAAAUUCAUUUACAAGAUGGAAUUGAAAAAGGUUUUUUAGAAUUAAUUAAUCAUAAGGAAAAACAUAUUAAAAUAUUGUUUUCACCGAAAAGUGUAUAUUUACCAUCUAAUGGUAAAUAA